AUGGCAGCUGCCGUCACACGCCGGCGUCGUGCCGAGUCCUUCGACAUCCACGAAGAUGUACCCUCAACCGAGGAGACCGAGAUGCAGACAGACGCCGUCCGGCAAAGUGAAGCUUAUACGGACGAGCAGCAGCCCGAGGACGACGAGCAGCAGCAGCAACAACAACACCAGCGGCAGCAGCAUGAGGAACAGGAGCCCGAGGAAGACGAUGACGCCUCGGAGAGCUCCGACGACGACUCGAUAGACCAGAACGUCCAGUAUGACAUGGAGAAGCUACAGGAUACGUUCCCGGGCUUCCUGCACAAGUACAGGCUCAUCAAGCGAAUCGGCGAAGGUAGAUCACAACUGAUUGUACUGAGCCAUUCGAACACCCCUGCUGACAUAUCUGACCAAGGCACAUUCUCGACUGUCUACAAGGCCCAAGAUCUCCAGUACGAGCGGUUUGACAACAGCUGGGACCUCGAAAAGGACAACGACAAAUGGACGCCCCCGCCCAUCAAGCGCUUCACCGAGCCCACCCGCUCGCCGUCCCUCGACUCCCGUCACAGUGGCGGGCGCCAGACCUCCCAGCAGCCGCAGCAGCGCCGCAAGCCCAAGUACGUCGCCAUAAAGAAGAUCUACGUCACGUCGUCGCCGCACCGCAUCCUCAACGAGCUCGAGCUGCUGCACGACCUGCGCAACUGCGACUCGGUCUGCCCCCUCAUCACCGCCUUCCGCCACACGGACCAGGUCGUGGCCAUCCUGCCCUACUUCCGCCACCGCGACUUCCGGGACUACUUCCGCAAGAUGACGGUGCCCGACAUGGCCAUCUACCUGCGCAGCCUCUUCACCGCCCUCUCGGCCGUCCACGCCCAGGGCAUCCUGCACCGCGACAUCAAGCCCACCAACUUCCUCUACGACCCAGACGCCAAGCGCGGCGUGCUCGUCGACUUCGGCCUCGCCGAGCGCGAGGGGUCCGAGUCCAAGCCCUGCCUGUGCCACGAGGACGCGCAGACCCGCAAGGCCAAGCUCCGCGCCGCCUACGUGCCCUCGGCGCCGCACAACGGCUACCCCAAGAACGACACGCGGCCCUCGCGCCGCGCCAACCGCGCCGGCACGCGCGGCUUCCGCGCCCCCGAGGUGCUCUUCAAGUGCACCGAGCAGACGACCAAGAUCGACAUCUGGUCUGUCGGCGUCAUCCUGCUGACCAUCCUCUCGCGCCGCUUCCCCUUCUUCAACUCGGCCGACGACGUCGAGGCCAUGAUCGAGAUCGCCACCAUCUUCGGCUCCCGCCGCAUGCGCGCCGCCGGCCACCUCCACGGCUGCAUGUUCGACACCACCAUCCCCACCAUCGGCUCCCAGGGCUUCACCCUCGAGCGCAUCAUCCUCUGGAGCACCUGCCGCAUCGACUCGGGCCAGCCCCUCAACGACGAGGAGAAGCUCGCCGUGCACUUCCUCGAGCGCUGCCUCGAGCUGGACCCCUCGCGCCGCAUCAGCGCCGAGGAGGCCCUCGAGCAUGAGUUCCUCAGGGACAAGUCUCUGUCGGCUGAGCUGGAGGAUGAUGACGAGAUGGACAUGGUGGCCGUGUAG